CUAAAAACGCAAGGAAGAAUCUGAACAAGGUGCAGCGCAGCGCCGCGAGCGGUGCCAGCCUGCCAGGUGCCUGGUGGCAGCCACGCACGGGCCAGCCAGCGGCCGAGCGCUCGAUGCCGCAAUCCCCUGCGAAGCUUUUUCCACACGGCAGCGCCUCCCUUUCUCAUGUAGCCAGUAGCCUCCUACGAGUAGUGCUCCAACAUUUCUCGCACCCACGCCCGGACCCGUUCGGUCCAAGUCCAACUGGACCAACACACCGACUGGCGACUGCAGAAAAUUCCGAUCCCCCGGGUCGUCGGCCGUUUGACUCUGGCGGCCGCCCUCCGACCAUACGCGCACCAAUCCGUGGCAGGAAUUGCGUGAAAUCGCGGUUUCGUUCGCCCAUUUUAGACGGACGCUGACCGAGACAACCCCGGCGACACCCCCACACCCACAGCGCGGCAGCCAGCCCACCCAAACCCACCGUUCCCGCACUUAAUUUUGAACCGCCGCUCUCCGUCCCCUAUCCCAACCAAAUUUACGAGUCCUCUCCUCCGACCGAACCGAAACCUUCGCCUGCCCUGACCUGCCCAGCCAAGGGAGAAGGGAAACGCAAGGGGCGCGCGUACAGCAAAAGGAACCGUCGCGAGAGGCCUGGAAACUGAAGCGGAGCGGGGAGGAGAGGUUCGCGUCCCGGCGAUGGAGCGGUACCAUCCUUCCGAGGUGUACGAGCUUUUCGUGCGCCACAUGAACACCCCGAGGGUCGUGGUGGACAACGGGGUGUGCGCGACGGCGACGCUGGUGCAGGUGCACAGCGCGCGGAAGCACGGCGUGCUGCUGGAGGCGGUGGCCGCGCUGUCCAACCAUGGCGUCUGCGUCCGCAAGGGCUACAUCUCCUCCGACGACGGCCGCUGGUUCAUGGACGUCUUCCACGUCACCGACGCCGAGGGCCGCAAGGUUGCCGACGACGACGCCCUGCUGGCGCGGCUCGAGUCAUCACUGCUCUCCGCUGACGCGUCAUUGCCGCCGCGCCCGCCGCCGCCCACCUCGGCGGCAGCAGGGGCCCUCACCCUGCUCGAGCUCGUCGGCGCGGACCGCCCGGGCCUCCUCUCCGAGGUCUUCGCCGUGCUGCACGACCUCCGCUGCGGUAUCGUCGACGCCAGGGCGUGGACGCACGGCGGCCGCGCCGCGGCCCUGGUGUUCGUCCGCGACGAGGACACGGGCGCGUCGAUCGACGACGCGGCCCGGAUCAGGCGCAUCGAGUCCAGGCUCAGGCACGUCCUCCGCGGCGGCGCGCGUGGCGCCAGGACGGUCCUGGCCGACGCCGCGGCCGUCAACCUGGACCGGAGGCUCCACCAGCUGCUCAACGAAGACAGGGAGGCCGAGAGUCGCGACCAGGCGGAGGCACCCACGACGACGGCGGUCGCGGUGCAGGAUUGGGGGGAGAGGGGGUACUCGGUGGUGACCGUGAGCUGCCGCGACCGGCCCAAGCUCCUGUUCGACGUCGUCUGCACCUUGACGGACUUGGAUUACGUGGUGUACCACGGCACGUUCGACACGGAAGACGAUCACGCGCAGCAGGAGUUCUACAUCAGGCGGUUGGACGGGCGGCCAAUCAGCUCGGCGGCCGAGAGGCGGCGCGUGAUCCAAUGCUUGCAAGCGGCCAUCGAGAGGCGCGCAUCCGAGGGCGUGAGGCUGGAGCUGCGCAUCACCGACUGCCGCGGGCUGCUCGCCUACGUGACGCGCGUGUUCCGGGAGAACAGCCUCUUGGUAACGCACGCCGAGAUCACCACCCGGGAUGACAUGGCGAUGAACGUGUUCCACGUCACCGACGUGGCCGGCCGCCCCGCGGACCCCAAGACCAUCGACGAGGUGAUCCAGAGGAUCGGCGCGGAGAACCUCCGGGUGGACGAGGAUCGGUGGCCGCGCCUGUGCUCGACGGAGGGCGACGCCGGCCGCGGUGCCGGGCUGUUCUCGCUGGGUAGCCUUGUGAAGAAGAACCUGGUCAGCCUUGGCCUCAUAAGAUCCUGCUCAUGAGGACGUGAUCAAGGGAGACGUGUGCCCGAUGGGAUCCUUGUGUAAAUAUGGGAUGGUGCGUGGGCUAGUUUGUAAAUUGAGUAGGCGUUUUAUCUGCAGCUUCUAAAUUUAGCUGCCACGUGUACAUAGUAGUAUAGUAGAAAUGGAAGGUUUUAAAAGUUGUUGGUCGGCGACAGCUUGGAGCUUAAAAGGAUGCUUUGGUGGGUCAUGUUUUUACAUGAAAAUAGGCAUAUGGAUGAAUACAAUAAUAUGGUAUAUAGAGUUGUGCAUAAUACAAUACCUUAUGAUGCCAACUUAAUGUUUGACUUACAUUUUAUUGGACA